UCUAGAACCACGUGGCUUACGUAAGUUAAACCAGUCGACCAAGCAGACGCUGUUCUUCCAGUCGCCAGAGCUAGCCUUGCCGGUUAAGAAGAAGCACGCAGUUUUUUCUACUCAAUAGUUAACAAAUCCAAAAUGGCAAACGCACUCAGACGAUUUAUUCCCAUGUUCGAUCGUGUUUUGAUCGAAAGAGCUGAGGCCAUGACCAAAACACGAGGAGGAAUUGUUAUUCCAGAGAAAGCUCAACAAAAGGUUUUAAAAGGAACAGUCGUCGCAGUUGGACCUGGAAGCAGAACAGAGAAAGGUGAUCUAGUUCCUUUGGCGGUGAAGGUUGGUGACCAAGUUUUACUUCCUGAGUAUGGUGGCACUAAAGUCGAAAUUGAAGAAAAAGAGUACCACUUAUUCCGUGAAAGUGACUUGUUGGCCAAGAUAGAACAGUAAUUCAUAUAAAGCAUUUCCCCCUUGAAAAAGAAACAAAAACAGAGUGAAUGGGAAGAUUUGAAUGUCAGCUUGUAUGGUAGUCAUUUAUAUCAUGUGCAGUUUAGGAGAUGAAAUAAAUUCGCCUUUUGUUACA